GCGCUCUCGCCCUCCCUCGCCCCCGCGCAGGCGUCUUUCUGGCCAGUCGCGCGUGGGCUGAGGCCCUGGGCGGGCGUUGCGAAGACUUGUUUGCUUGAGUUUGGACCCUGCGACAGUUCUCAUUUCCCUCCCGGUAGGGCUGGCGCACACCCGAGUCAGGAAAAUGGGCAGUUAGACGCAGGCUAAGGAGCGUGUGGCUGCGGACAUGAACUCGCCCGUGGAUCCCGGCGCUCGGCAGGCACUGAGGAAGAAGCCACCGGAGCGGACUCCUGAGGACUUAAAUAUUAUUUAUUCUUAUCUCCAUGGAAUGGAAAUACUAUCAAACCUCAGGGAGCAUCAGCUUAGGUUAAUGUCUACAAGAGCACGCUAUGAGAGAUACAGUGGCAAUCAAAUGCUUUUUUGUUCAGAAACUAUUGCCAGAUGUUGGUAUAUCCUGCUUUCUGGAUCUGUACUUGUAAAAGAUUCUAUGGUCCUUCCUCCUUGCAGUUUUGGUAAGCAGUUUGGAGGAAAAAGAGGAUGUGAUUGUCUUGUAUUAGAACCUUCAGAAAUGAUUGUGGUAGAGAAUUCCAAAGAUAAUGAAGAUAGUAUUUUACAAAGAGAAAUUCCUGCCAGACACUCUCGACGAAGGUUUCGGAAAGUUAACUAUAAAGGAGAACGCCAAACCAUAACCGAUGGGGUGGAUGUUAAUAACUACCUUUCGCUUCCAGCUGAUCUUACCAAGAUGCACCUCACAGACAGCCCUCAUCCACAGGUGACUCAUGUGUCUUCUAGUCAGUCUGGCUGUAGCAUUGCCAGUGACUCUGGGAGCAGCAGUUUAUCUGAUAUCUACCAGGCUACAGAGAGUGAAGUAGGAGAUGUAGAUUUAACACGUCUUCCAGAAGGACCUGUUGAUUCUGAGGAUGAAGAAGAGGAGGAAGAAGAGAUUGAUCGAACAGAUCCACUGCAGGGUCGUGAUCUUGUUCGGGAGUGUCUUGAAAAGGAACCUGCAGACAAAACUGAUGAUGAUGUUGAACAGUUACUUGAGUUCAUGCACCAGCUGCCUGCCUUUGCGAAUAUGACCAUGUCUGUAAGGAGAGAGCUCUGCUCUGUCAUGAUUUUUGAAGUAGUGGAGCAGGCUGGGGCUAUUAUUCUUGAAGAUGGGCAAGAGCUUGACUCAUGGUAUGUCAUUUUAAAUGGCACUGUAGAAAUUAGUCAUCCAGAUGGGAAAAUUGAAAAUCUCUUCAUGGGAAAUAGUUUUGGAAUUGUUCCCACUCUGGAUAAGCAGUACAUGCGAGGAGUUGUCAGAACCAGAGUCGAUGACUGUCAGUUUGUCUGCAUAGCCCAACAGGACUAUUGGAGAAUUUUAAAUCAUGUGGAAAAAAAUACCCAUAAAGUUGAGGAAGAGGGGGAAAUUGUCAUGGUCCAUGAGCAUCGUGAACUAGACCGGAGUGGAACCAGGAAAGGACACAUUGUAAUCAAGGCAACACCUGAGCGUCUCAUCAUGCAUUUGAUAGAAGAACAUUCUAUUGUGGACCCAACAUAUAUAGAAGAUUUCCUGUUAACUUAUAGGACAUUUCUUGAAACUCCUUUGGAUGUUGGGAUCAAGCUUUUGGAAUGGUUUAAAAUUGACAGCUUAAGAGAUAAGGUGACCCGGAUUGUACUCUUAUGGGUAAAUAAUCAUUUUAAUGAUUUUGAAGGUGAUCCUGCUAUGACUCGCUUUCUAGAAGAAUUUGAAAAAAAUUUGGAAGAUACAAAAAUGAAUGGUCACCUCAGAUUAUUGAAUAUUGCCUGUGCUGCAAAGGCUAAGUGGAGGCAAGUUGUACUGCAGAAAGCAUCCCGUGAGUCCCCGCUGCACUUUAGCCUUACUGGAGGCAGUGAGAAGGGAUUUGGUGUCUUUGUUGAAGAAGUGGAACCUUGUAGCAAAGCUGCUGAUGUAGGACUGAAACGGGGUGAUCAGAUAAUGGAAGUCAAUGGACAAAACUUUGAGAAUAUUACAUUUGCUAAAGCCCUUGAAAUUUUGAGGAAUAAUACUCAUCUUGCACUUACUGUGAAGACCAACAUUUUUGUGUUCAAAGAAUUGCUCAGUAGGACUGAACAGGAGAAAUCGGGUAUUCCUCAUAUUCCCAAAAUUGCUGAAAAAAAAAGUAAUCGCCAUUCAAUUCAAGAUGUCCCAGGAGAUAUUGAGCAGGCACCACAGGAGAAAGGAAAUAAGAAAAUUAAAGCAAAUACCGUUUCAGGUGGAAGAAACAAAAUCAGGAAAAUUUUGGAUAAAACACGAUUUAGUAUCUUGCCUCCAAAACUAUUUAGUGACGGAGGCCUGAGUCAGUCACAAGAUGACAGUAUUGUGGGAACCAGGCACUGUAGGCACAGCCUGGCUAUAAUGCCAAUCCCUGGAACACUCUCGUCCAGCAGCCCAGAUCUCUUACAGCCGACCACUAGCAUGUUGGACUUUUCCAAUCCUACAGAUAUUCCUGAUCAAGUUAUAAGAAUUUUCAAAGCAGAUCAACAAAGUUGCUACAUUAUCAUCAGUAAAGAUACCACAGCUAAAGAAGUGGUCUGCCAAGCUGUACAGGAAUUUGGUUUGACUGGUGCAUCUGACACAUACUCUCUCUGUGAAGUUUCUGUUACUCCUGAGGGUGUUAUAAAGCAGAGAAGACUUCCGGACCAGUUCUCCAAGUUAGCUGAUAGAAUUCAACUCAAUGGAAGGUAUUACCUAAAAAAUAAUAUGGAAACAGAAACAUUGUGUUCUGAUGAAGAUGCCCAGGAACUACUUAAGGAAAGCCAGCUAUCCAUGCUGCAACUCAGCACCAUCGAGGUUGCCACCCAGCUGUCAAUGAGAGACUUCGAUUUGUUUCGUAAUAUUGAGCCUACUGAAUACAUUGAUGAUCUUUUUAAAUUAGAUUCUAAAACAGGAAAUAUUCACUUAAAACAAUUUGAGGAUAUUGUAAACCAAGAGACAUUCUGGGUUGCCUCAGAGAUCUUAAGUGAGUCAAAUCAGCUGAAAAGAAUGAAGAUUAUUAAACAUUUUAUUAAAAUUGCCCUUCAUUGCCGAGAAUGCAAGAAUUUCAAUUCCAUGUUUGCAAUAAUAAGUGGCUUGAACCUGGCACCAGUAGCACGACUCAGAGGCACUUGGGAAAAGUUACCAAGCAAAUAUGAGAAACAUCUCCAUGAUCUACAAGACCUUUUUGAUCCAUCUAGAAAUAUGGCAAAAUACAGAAAUAUUCUUAGUAGUCAAAGCAUGCAGCCUCCAAUUAUUCCACUCUUCCCUGUUGUCAAGAAAGAUAUGACAUUCCUCCAUGAAGGAAAUGACUCCAAAGUAGAUGGCUUAGUAAACUUCGAGAAGCUAAGAAUGAUUGCCAAGGAAAUCCGUCAUAUUAUUCGAAUGACUUCUGCUAACAUGGACCCUGCCAUGAUGUUCCGACAGAGGUCAUUAAGUCAAGGCAGCACAAAUUCUAACAUGCUGGAUGUCCAGGGAGGUGCUCACAAGAAAAGAGCACGCCGCAGCUCACUGCUAAAUGCCAAGAAACUGUAUGAAGAUGCCCAAAUGGCAAGGAAAGUGAAACAGUAUCUUUCUAGUCUAGACAUAGACACAGAUGAGGAGAAAUUCCAGAUGAUGUCACUACAGUGGGAACCUGCGUAUGGUACCUUGACAAAGAACUUAACUGAGAAACGGUCAGCCAAAUCAUCUGAGAUGUCUCCUGUGCCAUUGAGGUCAGUUGGCCAAACAGCUAAAGUCCACUUGCAUCAGCCACACAGAGUGAGCCAAGUGCUUCAGGUGCCAGCAGUUAACUUGCACCCCAUCCGGAAGAGAGGACAAGCCAAAGACCAUGUGCCGAGUUCAGGUUUACCUCAGAAAGGUUUAGGACCAACUGAAGAAGUGAGUGGUAAGAAACACACAGAAGACACUAUUUCUGUAGCAUCUUCUCUCCACUCUAGCCCUCCUGCAUCUCCUCAAAGCUCCCCUCGCAAAGGUUGUACACUCACACCAUCAAGUAAAUGUGACAACUUGUCUGACUCCAGCCACAGUGAAAUCUCCUCUCGGUCCAGCAUUGUGAGCAAUGGUUCUGUGGACUCCAUGUCUGCAGCUGGGCAGGAUGAACGCUGUUCCACCCACAGCCUCGUAAUUCCUGAGCCCACGGGGGCAUUGGAAAAGACAGAUCACCCUUCAGGGAUCUCAGACCACAGUCAGCUUGCUCACGGCUGGAUGCUGUCAAAGCCGUCUCUUAUCAAGGGUGUAGCUGUCUCGUCUUCUCUGAGCAGCGAAGAGAUGUCUCAUGACCAUGUUCUGCUGGAAGCAGCUGACAGUGGUCGGGGAAGUUGGACUUCCUGUUCCAGCAGCUCCCAUGACAACUUCCAAAGCCUUCAAAAUCAAAAAAGCUGGGACUUUCUGAAUUCUUACAGACAUAUGCAUUUAGAUGACCCUAUUGCUGAAGUUGAGACCACUGACUGUGAGCCCUGUGCUUGUCCUAAAGGCUGCUCAAGAAGUUGUGGCCAGUGCAAAGGCAGCCUAGAGACGAACCAGCUGAGGCAGAGUUGGGCCUCAUCCAGUUCACUGUCUGACACAUGUGAACCAAACUAUGGGACAGUUAAGCGGAGGGUAUUGGAAAGUGCACCAACAGAGGCGCCUGAUGGCUUGGAGCUGAGGGAUACCACUGACCCUGUUUAUAAAACUGUCACUUCCAGUACAGACAAGGGCUUGAUUGUGUACUGUGUCACCUCACCCAAGAAAGGUGAUAGGUAUAGGGAGCCACCUCCCACUCCUCCAGGAUAUCUGGGAAUGUCUUUAGCGGACCUAAAGGAAGGACCCCACCCGCACCUAAAACCUCCAGACUAUAGUGUGGCAGUACAGAGAUCAAAGAUGAUGCUUAACAGCCUGUCUAGACUGCCGCCAGCUCCUCCCAGUAGCCACGCCUCGGCCUGGGUUCCCUCGAGGACCGGAUCCCAGCCUCAGAGGCAUAGCUUGCAGCCGUCCCAUCCCAAACUAGCAGAUGUGGCUGAUGCAGAUAGCGAAGCAGAUGAAAAUGAGCAGGUGUCAGCAGUCUAGCCUUUGGACGGCUCAUUGGAGAACACUGGAAGUCAGGACCAUGGACAAGAGCUAGUGGUUAUGCAGGCCAAGGCCAGCAGCUCACUGCUGCCACUAAUGCUGCGGUUCCCACGCUGGGCUCUAAGGAGGAGCUCUUCUGAGUCGUGCUUCCAUUUGUUGUGUCCCUGACGAUGCAGGCCCUUAUCUGGGUGCUGCACCUGAUCUCAGCCUGUACUUUGCACAUCACUCCUGCCUUGGGACUACAUUCAAGCUCAGAGUUGUCCCCCUGUAUAUCACUAUAUGUUUUUCUUUUCGAGAGUCAUUUUAAAAUAGUGGUAUCAUUAUUUCCAAGCCAUAGCUUGGGCUAAAAGGACACAUUCAAAAUGUCUACCAAUACCAAGGAUAGUCUUGUGUAUUUGAAAAGUAACUUAUUAUUUGAAGUAUUGUGGUUUUGUUUGUAUUCAAAAGCUCUUGCUAGCUGUUAUUUGUCUUAGUCUAUAAAGCUGUCUGUGGUCUGAGCAGCAGACAUCAUCCCAACACAGGUACGGAGAUGUGGCACCAUUGUAGCAGACACUCAGGUGGGAACUACUACUGUGCAGGUGUAGUGCAAGCAGCCAGCGCAUCAUGAUGUGGGUGGGCUACAGCAGCCACGGGGAUCUUAGCAGAUUUUCGGAAAGGAGAGCAAAGGAAGGGAGAACUCUAGUUUCCAAAGAAGGAAAGAUUAGCCUUGAACUUGUUUCUGAAAUGAACAACAUGUUGCAUCCAAUUCUGAGGACACUACAAACCCACUGGCAAUGGCUUCUAAAGAAUGUUUAUUCUAUAGAAACCCUAAGCUAACAUUUCACAGCCUAAGUCUGGAAUUCAUAGUUUAAGAGAAAUAUUGUAGGAGCUGGAGAGAUGGCUCAGUGGCUAAGAUGUCUUGCAGAGGGCACUCACAUGGUGGCUCACAACUGCCUGGAAUUCCAGAUCCAGGGGAUCCAACACCCUUGUCUGACCUCCACAAGCACUGCAUGCAUGUGGCACAUAGACAUACAUGCAGUCAAAAUGCCCUAUACA